GGGUCAUAUCUCGCCAACAUGGCUGCCGGUGUGAUCAGGUCACUUUCACAAGGUCUGAGAAGAAUAACACCUUUUGGAUCCAGACUUUAUUCGGAUGAAGUUAGAACAGUGACCCUGAUCCCUGGUGAUGGCAUCGGGCCUGAGAUCUCAGCAGCCGUACAGGAGAUCUUCGCAGCUGCCUCAGCUCCUAUAAAGUGGGAGACAUCAGAUGUGACGGCCAUCAAGGGUCCAGGUGGGAAGUACAUCAUCCCUCCUGAGGCUCAGGAGUCCAUGAACAGGAACAAGAUCGGACUCAAAGGCCCCUUAAAGACGCCUGUUGGUAAGGGUCACCCUUCCAUGAACCUGCUCCUGAGGAAGACCUUCCAGCUGUAUGCCAACGUGCGCCCCUGUAAGUCCAUCGAGGGCUACAAGACUCCCUACCCUGACGUGGACCUGGUCACCAUCAGGGAGAACACUGAGGGGGAGUACAGCGGGAUUGAACACAUGAUAGUUGACGGGGUGGUGCAGAGCAUCAAGCUGAUCACAGAGCCGGCCUCACGAAGAGUGGCGGAGUUUGCCUUUGACUUUGCCCGAGCUCAGGGCAGGGACACAGUCACCGCUGUACACAAGGCUAACAUCAUGCGCAUGUCUGAUGGCCUGUUCCUGAAGUGUUGUCGGGAGGUGGCUGAGGACUACAAGGACAUCAGGUUUGAGGAGAUGUACCUGGACACGGUCUGCCUCAAUAUGGUGCAAGACCCGACACAGUUUGAUGUACUAGUGAUGCCCAACUUGUACGGAGACAUCCUCAGUGACUUGUGUGCAGGGCUGAUUGGUGGACUUGGAGUCACACCCAGUGGCAACAUUGGUGCUGACGGUGUGGCCAUAUUUGAGUCUGUCCAUGGUACAGCCCCUGACAUUGCUGGUAAGGACCUGGCUAACCCCACAGCUCUGUUACUCAGUGCUGUGAUGAUGCUGAGGCAUCUCGGUCUCCACGAUCACGCUAGGCGCAUCGAGACAGCAGCCUUCCAGACCAUCAAGGAAGGAAAGGCUCUGACAGGAGACUUGGGAGGAAAGGCCAAGUGCUCCGACUUCACAAGAGAGGUGUCCAAGAAGGUCCAAGAGAUCGAAUAACUGCAGUAUGAUUGUGGUAAAAAGACUUUUCUUUCCACCUGGUGAACUAGAUGUGUACCUCCCACCACCACUAGAAAAUUUGGCCUCAGAAAUACACUUCCUUAUCCCUUGCCACCCGUAGCCUUGUGUAGUGGUCCAAACGUACAUGUAAAAGUAGUAGUCUGUAUAUUUUUGUGUACUUCUUACAGAGUUUAACAUAGAGAUAACUUUAUGUGAAAUGCACAAUGUAGUUUCCUGAAGUUUUAGAUAAUGUACACCUGUGCCCUUGCUUAUUAAUGCCUUGUUCAGCUGUGCUGCUACGUAUUUGCAAUAUAUCAGUGAGUCAAACGCUUUCUUCGGUUCUCAAAUGUAACGAAAAGUUAAGAAAAGUUAAAAGAUAAGCUUUUAUCAUCAAGAUUUACAAUAUAAAAGCUUUUUUUGCUUCAGUUGCAAGAACAUUGUAACAUACAUGGAUUUCUGUUGUAGAUUUAGAAUAAGUCACACAAUUUUCAACCCAUAGUGACAUGUUAUCAAAGUGCAAGAAGUACUGAGUGUCGGUUGCUCAGAUUUUGACAAGAAGCAAGUUUCAUUUUUCAGAAGAAACAGAUAAAGUUAAUGGAUUUAUAUUCUACGUUACACUGAAAAUUUCAUUUUAAGGCCAAAGAGCUGACAACAAAAAUUGGGGGGGAAUUUGACGAUAGCCCCGAUAAAAUAUUUUAUUUGAUUCACAGCCGUAGUUUUGAGAUAGUUUGAAACUCAUCACAAGUUUAUGUUUUCUUGUAACUUGCCAUGUUUUUUCCUUAUUCAUACCAUGCCCUAGACAACCUCAAACACUGUAACACACAAACACCUUAUUUUACCCCCUAUUUAUUCAUAUUUUUAUGAAGAAUAUCUCAAAAGUUACAGUACUAUAAAAUCACAUAUCAUAAUAUCAUAGUCCUUAACACUCUCUUACCACAAUACAGUCAAUAUUCAACUCACUACACUAGUACUGUCACAGAUGUUUAAUAUUAAACUAAACUAGUACUGUUACAGAUGUGUAAUAACAAAAGACCAGCAAUACUUUCAUCCCUCAAAAAUGUUGCAACAUUUUCAGUAAAGCAUUUUGUACCGUAGAUGUGUCCAUGGAGAUGUGUCCCAAGCUGUGUUUUCAAACAUAAAAUUGUUUUGUACUCAAGUUUCCAACAUGAUUGUAUGAAAAAAGAAAAAGAUUUUUAUGUGCAAUGUGUUGACAAAAAGAAUCUUAUUCAGAUCUUUAAGUGGAUUGCAAUUGCAUGGACGUGUAUAUUGUUAUAGGGUAUUUGGUAUUGGAAUUCUAUGUAUAGUGUUCUGUGUACUAUAGAGUUUAUCAAAGUACAAACUGAAUGAAUUUCUGUGUGUUAGAAGUAUAGUUGGACACGAAUGGCAUGGAUUCCUGGGAUGAAAAGUUUUAUAAACAUUUUAAUGAAAGACUGUUUAACAAACCUUUGACAGCUUUUUUUAGUCCGUAUUUAUUUUCAACCUGUUCUUAUUGGUAAGACACAUGUUGCAAUGUCAAAUAAAGAAAGCAGUUCCCUA